GGGUCGUGUGAAGUGGGUCGUGCCUGAAGUCGCGAUCUGACGACUUCUGGGGUAGGGGGGUUGUGGUGGGAGGAUCUCGGCGUUUGUCAUCUGGGUUUUCUUACUUCCAUGGCUGGGAGCAGUGGAGUCAGUCUUAGUGAAUCCAAGAUGGUUGUCCCUCUGAAUAUGUGGGUCCUAAUUUCCAAUUUCAAGUUGAAGUACAAUCUUCUCCGUCGCCCUGAUGGAACCUUUAACCGCCAUCUAGCAGAGUUCCUCGAUCGUAAGGUUCUUGCAAAUGCGAACCCCGUUGAUGGUAUCGUCUCCUUUGAUGUUAUAAUUGAUCGUGCAACAAACCUCCUUUGCCGGAUUUACCGCCCAGCUUUUACUGAGGAACCUCAGCCAAGUUUGAUCGAUCUCGAGAAGCCUGUGGACCUUGAAUUCGUUCCUGUCAUUGUUUUUUUCCAUGGAGGAAGUUUCGCGCAUUCAUCUGCUAACAGUGCCAUAUAUGAUACUUUAUGCAGAAGAUUAGUAGGCAUUUGCAAGGCCGUUGUAGUUUCCGUGAACUAUCGCCGUGCACCCGAGAAUCGAUAUCCUUGUGCCUAUGAUGAUGGGUGGUCGGCUCUUAAAUGGGUGAGCUCCAGAUCCUGGCUCCAAAGUAAAAUUGAUUCCAAAGUGCACAUAUUUUUGGCUGGUGAUAGCUCUGGUGGAAAUAUAGUUCACAGUGUUGCUCUAAGAGCUGCUGAAGCUGAAAUAGAAGUAUCAGGUAACAUACUGCUCAAUCCAAUGUUUGGUGGAGAGGAGAGAACUGAGUCUGAGGAAAAAUUAGAUGGGAAAUAUUUUGUUGGCUUAAGAGAACGGGACUGGUACUGGAGAGCCUUCUUGCCGGAAGGUGAGAAUCGUGAUCAUCCUGCAUGCAACCCUUUUGGUCCCCGAGGGAAUAGUCUGGAAGGGAUUAAGUUCCCCAAGAGUCUUGUUGUUGUGGCGGGUUUGGACUUAAUUCAAGAUUGGCAGUUAGCUUAUGCUAAAGGGCUAGAGAAGGCCGGCCAGAAGGUGAAGCUAUUGUUUUUGGAGCAGGCGACAAUUGGAUUCUACUUGCUGCCGAACAAUGACCAUUUCUACACAGUGAUGGAUGAAAUUAGUAGCUUUGUGAACACCGAUGGCAAAUAGUGUCAGUCUUGACUGAGGAUUGGCUAUGGAGUUUGAAGCUUGAAAUUCUGGCUCGGUAUGGUGGUGAUGCGUAAGUAUAAUAGAAUGUGCAGUGUUUACUACUCGUGGCUCUUAUUAUCAUGUUGCUCUGAAGUUGCUCCAGUUUGGCCUCGUUCUUCUUGGUUAAGAUAACUAGGCUGGCUGUUUGGGCACGUGCAAGAUUCAGCAUCUAGCUGGAUCUCUUUUGUUUUGUUCUCGAGACAUUCGAGUGAUUCGGCAGCUAUUUAUUUUGGUCCACUAUACCCACCAAAUUCAAAUUGCCACUUCUCUGGUGUAAUGGAAAGGAAGGAGUUUGGCAAUAGCAUUUGGUGGGCUAACCAACCGGGAUCGCUGUUCCCGCCUAACAUCAUAUGGCUAAUAUGAACACAUGGAUUUGGAAUCAUCCAUGGUGUUUCCCUAGCAAAUAUAGUUAAGUGUCCCCAUAUUUGUAAAAUUGUUUGGCUUUUUGUGUAGUCAUCAUGUAUCUUUGUAAUUUACUCUCCGUGGCAAGUGUAAAUAGAAUGUUUAAUCUAUGUUAUGAAAGCUCUUGAUGCACUGGUCUUAA